AUGAGUGAAUGGAAGGUCACACGGCAAAAUGAGCCAGCUAGCACAACAGCUAGCACCCUGGGAAAAACAGAAACUGAACCAUGUGCAAGACUUCGAGAAUUUUCAUUUAUUGGGAAUUUGAACCAACCCAACACCACCCACGAUGUAGCUUUCGAAUUUGUAGCGAAUACGCUUGAUCACAUUGCCGUUAACUGCGGCUCCUCCCGUAACUCAACUGCAGUAGAUACCCGGCACUGGACGAGAUGCCUGUUCCAAAUACAUGAUGUAUCACAUGGUUCAAAGAGCAAAUGGUUCAGCUCAAAAGUCACUGACCAACGCCUUCGCUCUAACCCGAUCCCUUACACAAUGGUCCGGCUCUCCGGUUGGCCAUUCACCUAUACAUUCCGAGUCACUCCAGGUCAGAAACUUAUACGUCUUCAUUUCUAUCCAGCUUUAUACCGGGGUGGUUUCCAAAGGUCCGAGGCCUUUUUUAGUGUGAAAGCUGGUCCGUAUACCCUUCUUAGCAACUUUAGUGCUUCCCUUACUGUUGAUGCUUUUGGCAUCCAAUAUCUGGUUAAAGAGUAUUGUGUGAAUGUGGAAGAAGAUCGACCAUUAAUCAUAAUGUUUUCCCGGUCACGACUUGGUAAUUCUGAUGAGGUAUAUGCUUUUGUCAAUGGGAUUGAAAUCAUGCCAAUGCCAGCUGCACUUUAUCAUACUCGUGAGGGUAAUCCAGCUGUACAGAUUAUUGGGAAGAGUUACCGGUUUACCAUAGAUAACGACAUUGCUCUGGAGAAGGUACACCCGUUAAACAUUGGCAGAAGCUCCAGUUCGUCCAUAGAAGAUACGGGUAUGUUUUGGGAUUGGUAUGAGGACUCGAGUUAUCUGUUAGAAAAAUCAUGUGUAAAGCCAGUUACUACCACGAUUCGAAACAAAUACACCAGUAUACCACCAUACACUGCUCCUCAAAAAGUUUACCAAACAUCUUGGUCGAUGGUUCCGGACAAACUAGCAAACAAAACUGAAUUCAAUUUUACAUGGAGAUUAACGGUGGAUUUGGGAUUUCAGUACCUGCUUAGGUUGCAUUUUUGUGCGCUUGAAUAUGAGAUAAAAGAGAGUGGCAGGAUGGAGUUUAGUAUCUUUGUUAAUGAACAAGUUGUUGAGGCUAAAGGUGACCUUAUCAAGUGGAGCGAUGGAAAUGGGGUCGCGGUGUACAAGGACUUGUGGUGAUGAUGGAAGGAGAUAGGAUUUAGGGCAUGCGUAAUUUGCUCAUAGCACUCCGCCCUCACAGUAAUGAAUGGACGGAACCAAUUGAUGAAACUCUAAAAGGGUUAGAGGUAUUCAAGUUGAGCAACCCCGACAAAAAUCUUGCUGGGGUGAACCUGGUGCCGCUAGCACAUGCUUUGGCAACUCGAAAGCCAAAGAGGUUUGUGUUCAUAUCGGUGACUAAUAACUUAGAUGAUGAAUUGGAAGUGGUGGAUUUGGUAAGAUCUACAAAGCGCUAAUUGGUGAUGAAGCAACGACGGUUGCCUUAAAGCGGUUGAAUUUGAAGUCUAAGCAAGGGGCAAA